AUGGAAGUGGAAUGUUUGGCGCUGAAAGACCUGACGAGUCACAGGACAAGUUUUGGCUCAAAGAAGGAAGGACAAGAGAGCGACCACAAGGAGAACGUGCGUGUUGAUAGAAGGAGAUCAACACCUCUGAAGUCCCCUGAGGCCGGCUCGUCUGUGCUGAGCCGAAGAGGCCCAGACCUGAACCACAUCACCCCCAUCAAACACAGCGGGACUCCAGCUGAGCCCUGGACUCCCACGGCCAACCUGAAGAUGCUGAUCAGCGCGGCCAGCCCGGACAUCCGCGACCGUGAGCUCAAGAAAGUCCUGUUCAGGUCCAGAGAGAAUCAGGAGGAGGAGGAGGAGGAACCCAGGAGCCCAGAGCUGUUCCCGGAGGAUGACGCUGACGAUGCGCAGCUGGGGGUGUCAGCGGGGGACGACGUGGACAAGAAGCCCAGUCGGAAGCAGAAGAGUCUUGGUUUGUUGUGUCAAAAGUUCCUGGCUCUUUUUCCCGACUACCCUCCUCCCAACAGCCCCAUCUGGAUCUCGCUGGACAAAGUGGCCUCCAAUCUGGGUGUGGAGCGCCGGCGUAUCUACGACAUCGUCAACGUACUGGAGUCUUUGAUGAUUGUGGGACGCAUGGCCAAGAAUAGCUACUUGUGGUACGGGCGGCGCCGCCUGGAGGCUAUGCUGAGCGAGCUGCAGAGCCAGGGCCGAGAGCAGGGCUACGAUCUGCACAUGGAGGGGGUCAAAGGAGGGGUCCGCGGAGGCAGGGAGGAGGAGCCAGAAGACACGCCCAACGGAGGCGGAAACAGGAAGGACAAGUCUCUGCGCAUCAUGAGUCAAAAGUUUGUGAUGCUUUUCCUCGUCUCCAAAACGCAAACGGUGACUUUAGACACAUCGGCAAAGAUCCUGAUCGAAGAUGGUCCAGACUCGUCCAGCCACAGCAAAUACAAAACCAAAGUGCGGCGCUUGUACGACAUCGCCAACGUGCUGACCAGCCUGGGCCUCAUCAAGAAAGUGCACGUACGCGAGGAGCGAGGGAGGAAGCCUGCAUUCCAGUGGCUCGGCCCCACUGAGUUCAACACCACGGUCGCCCCCGGUGGACUGGAGGCCACGCAGGACACCACCCGGGUCAAAAUGUCUCGCCAUUCCUCUUUCAACAUCCGCUCUGCUUCUGUGACGGUGCAGAGACAAGUGAGCUCUGCCCCCAGCAGCCCACGGCGAGAACACGCAGCGUUGCAGAAUCAGCCUUUGGAUUACUCCAGGAAAAGCCCCGUGUGCCGUCUACAGUUUGGAACCUCUUCAGACGGUCUUCCCCCAGUCCCUGUGUCGCCUCAGACCACAGCACAGCAGCCCUCUCUCCAGAUGCACUCCCUUCAUCCGGGACACAUGUUCAGUCCCUCUGCCCCCGCCCCUGCCUCCUCCUGCCUGGCCUACCUGCAGAGCCUAUCCCAGCCUUCUGUGGUCAUGCUGUACAGGGCCCCCCAGCCUGCAGCGCAGGGGAAGAGGAAGCGAGACCAAGAUGAAGACAACUCUGCAAAGAAGGGAGCCAACGGAGCAAUCAACGGUUUUGAGGUGACAGAGGACAAUACGGAGAUGGAGGGUUACGAGGAGAGCCCCAGUCCUGUCCACGACUCUCUGCCUUCUCACUACCUCUAUGUGCCCAACACUGCAGGUCUGAACAGUGUGAACUUGCUGCUCUCCUCUGCUCACUCGACCUCCGUCCCGGGUGUUGCAGUCCCGUACGUGCUGCUGCCCUCUUCCUCGCUGCCUCCACUCCCCCUCCUCAGCACCAGCCCUCUCAGGAACCCCUCUGGCCCUCCCCACAUGAGCCUGAGUCAGAUUGUGCUACAAACACCGUCCACUCCGGAGCAGACCACCCUCUAUGCAGCAUCAACGCCACAUUCAGUGAGAGCCAAGCAGCCAAUGACGCCACAGACUCCAAAAGAAAAUGCUGCUGCAAAAUCCUUCUUCCAAACUCCGGCUACACCUGGAAACAGGCUCAGUGCUGCCCCCAACGGGCGGAAACGGGGAUCUGCCCAGAGGCGGCUGGAUGUAGAACAGCCCACCAACAUUUAA